GCCAUACCUCCCACUUGCCCUUUGACCCUUGUACUAGGAUUCCUUCUCUUUUGAUGUCACAAUCACUUUCUCUCACCUCAAUUCUCUCUGCUUUUCUCUACUUCUUACUCUUCUUCUUUACUUCUUCUUCAGGAGUUACCUCUCCUCCUCUUGUCAUGUGUACAGGUAUAUAUGCCCAAUGUAUCGGAUUCUCCCUCAUCUUACUUUCCAUCAUCUGCAUCGUGGCCAAUACCCUCCUCCCAGUGCCCAAUGGUGAGACCAAAUGGACUAAACAUCUUAGCAUGCAUGUGAUCUUCUCAGGAGGUUUUAUUGGUGGGGGCCUAAUGGUGCUAGGUUCUGGAAUAGCAGCUGUUCAAGCUGGGGGCAAAGGGAUUUGUGGAGCUGGCUGUUGUGAAAAUCAUUGUAGGAUGCUGUGCUCAGUCUGCUGUUCGGCUUUCGGUUUUGGGGCCCUUUACUGCCUCUUACUAUCUAUCUCGGCGCUUCAGAAUGGGCCCCUAUGUCUUACAAAGUCUAACGAAUGAAACUACCCUUUCAGAUAUACCAAUGGGCGUUACCUGGACAGCCGAAAACUUUGGGACCAAUGCAUGAAGCCUCCGAAUAUAGUAAAAUAUCUGUUAGCGCUGCUGACGGUAAUGUCGACUCUGGAGCUAGUGUUGUGUGGCAUACAGCUAGUGAACGCUGCCAUAGGAGUUUGCUGGGGGGACUGCCGGAAAAGAGAAGGUAAGGGUGUCCGGGGUGGCUGCCGAGUGCUGGUGCAAGGGUAUUGUUGGGAGUGAGUCAGCACCAUCCCUCAGAAGUUGGCCAACGACUGGGACUUGUCUAUUCUUU